AUGACCGCCAGGCCAUUGUCAGCUGUGCUGCAUUGUGCCCUUGUGGCCCUGCUGGUGCUGGUGAGCUGCGCCUCGGCCCGAACAUUCGGGCCGGACCUCACGUCGCGGCUCCUCGCGAGCAGCCUCUACCCGGUCCCGGAAGAGGCGUCCUCGCCGGUGACCCCCUCGGCCGGGCCGGGACCCGCGCUGGCCCAGCAUACCGGGCUCCUGCACCGGGAAGUCCUUGCGGCGCCGGGCCCAGGCGCCCACAGCCGAGCCCCGCGCAUCGCCCACCUGACCUCCGAUGCACCCAUCACCAUUGGCCCGGCCCCGGGCGGGCGCCGGCCGGGCACCCACUCGGGGGCCGGCUCCGUCGGUCGAUCGGCCCCCCCGGCGCCGCUCAUGCUUUCCCUGCCGGAGAUCACGCACUCGCCGUGGAGCGAGUCGGCUGACAGGCGCCUUGCCGAGCUUUGCGACGCGGUCAUCGACAUUCCCCACUGGGCCGCCCAGUUGGAGGCCCAGCUUCGGGAAGCGGCGACCACCGGCCCCGACCAGGCCCCCAUCCCCACCCCCAUGCCGCUGGAGCGAGUGGCCCUCUGCUUGAGAUUCAGCGUUCGGCGCCUGGUCACACGCUACGCCGGCCCCCCCUACACCGGCCCCUCGGAUGGCCUGCCAGUCAAGGAACUCGAGGCCGACGCCGAUCUGCAAACGCUCUCCGGCCUGGCGGACUUGAAGCAUGCCCUCGGCACGUUGGAUAUCCAAUUCACCGGCGGACAGCAGCCGGCCAACAACGCCGCCAGCAACCACCCCGGCCUGAGGCCCUCCGAGCUGGAGACCGGGUCCUCGGGCUCCGACACGCAGCCCACGCGCCCGGGCCAGUCUUGGGGCUGUCACUACUCCGGGCGCAUCAUUCGCCUGGGCACGGAUGGCACUCUCCAAUCGGAUACCGCCUCGAGCGCCACCAUCACCUGGUGCCCGGGGUCCCGCCUGGUUGAGGGCUACUGGUCUGCCGGCCCCGGGAAGCCGCUCUUCCGCAUCCAGCCCCACGACACGGGUGCCUUCUCGAAGGCGGCCGCCGGCCCCUCGGCCCACGGCCGCCAACAGCCACCCAGCCCGGGCGGAAUGGCCCUCCAUGCCAUUACGCCGUGGGAGGCGCGCGACGCCCCGCCCACCGGCGGGGGACAUGUCGAUGGGUGGGCCCAUCGCCUGCUUUCCGGCAUCCGCCAGUCGGUCGGCCUGGACAGUGCCACCCCCGCCGGCCCGAGCACCUCAACCCCCAAGACGGCGGCCCUGCCGGAGGACUUUGUCCGGGGCGUUGCCGAGACCGAGGCCCACCACCCGGGCACCCGCCGGUCCGUGUACCGACUUCUGGGGGAUGCCUCCGAGGCCGGGCUCGGCGUGGAGGACCACUUCGGCCCGGCCCCGACCUCCAUCCAGGAGGUCGAGUUCAACAACAAGGGCAUCCUCCCGGUGCGGGUGUACCUGGUCGUCGACCAGGCCAUGGUCCGGGUGUAUGGCGAGCGCGUGGCCACCAAUGUGGCCCUCCAGUCGGUGGGCCGGGCCUCGGAGCUCGUCGAGCGCGGCAACGCCCAGGGGCUUUUCGACCCGCCUCUUCGCUUGGCCGUGCGGAAGAUUGACGUCUGGCUCGAGGAUCAGGUAUAUGUCGACCAGUCGGGCACCCAGGCCCUGCUGAACUUCUGCCGCUGGGCCGUCGACCAGAAGGAGGAGUAUGAUGCCACGCUCCUGGUCACCGGGGUGGAUCUCCGGUCCUCCUCCUCCACCGACAACAAGGGCCGGCCGCGGGACAUCGUCGGGGUGGCCCUCGUCGGGACCGCCUGCACGCGGGUGUCGUGCGCCCUGGCCGAGGAUCUCGGCCCCGGGUCCAUCAAAACCAGUGCCCAGACGAUUGCCCACGAGCUGGGCCACGUUCUUGGCGCCACGCACGAUGGCAUCGACAACAACUGCCAAUACUCCUCCAACAAUGCCAGCAUCAUGAGCCCGGUCCUGUCGAACAAUGCCCGGUGGUCCACCUGCUCCGGGCGCGAGAUCACGCGCUUCGUGCGCGGCCGCUGGCUCCAGCCGGGCUUCUGCUCCUCGGUUCCGUACAACCUCGGGUCCGGGCCCACCUCCGGGCCCAAUGGCGGCGGCGGGGACAAUGGAAAUGGCGGCGGUGGCGGCAAGCGGCCCGUGCGAAAUGCCGGGUCUUCCCUGCUCAGCGGCGGCAGCUCCACCCCCGGGGACUGGCUUCGCCGGCUCGGCGCCCCUUUGCUGUUGGCCGGCCUGGUUUGGAGCAUGUCCCUCUAG